UGACAAGUACAGACACUCUGCUGACAGUUCGGCUUUCCUGUCCAGAGUGAACUUCGCUCAGUCAGACACACAUCAGACUGAAACUGAGUGUUUGCACCGUGACGCCAAACGGACUGCUUCACGGCUGAUUGUGUGGCUGAACUUGGGCUGCAUAAAGAAAGUAUGGAGAUAACAUUUAGCGGAAAGCGUGCUUUGGUGACUGGAGCUGGCAAAGGGAUCGGACGGGCCACGGCACUGGCUCUGGCACGCUGUGGGUCAGAGGUCACGGCUGUCACACGCACUAAGGCUGACCUGGAUAACCUAGUGCAGGAGUGUCCCUCCGUUAAGCCGGUAUGCGUGGACCUGUCAGACUGGGAUGCCACAGAGCAGGCGCUGAAAGACGUCGGUCCGGUGGACCUCCUGGUGAACAAUGCAGCCUGCGCUAAACUUCAGCCCUUCCUGGAAGUCACGCCAGAUCAGUUUGACAUGUCUUUCAACGUCAACGUGAAAGCUGCACUUCAUGUUGCUCAAAUCGUGGCUAGAGGAAUGAAGGCCAGGGGAAGUGGAGGAUCCAUUGUGAACAUCUCGAGUCAAGCAUCACAGUGUGCCCUGAAAGAUCACGCCGUAUACUGUGCCACUAAAGGAGCGCUGGACAUGCUGACCAGAGUGAUGGCGCUGGAGUUAGGGCCGUAUCAGAUCAGAGUAAACUCCGUGAACCCGACCGUAGUGAUGACAGAGAUGGGAAAGAUUGGAUGGAGUGACCCAGAAAAAGCCAAAAGCAUGACGUCACGCAUCCCACUGGGGAAGUUUGCAGAAGUGGAGGAUGUGGUGAACUCCAUCCUCUUCCUCCUCAGCGAUAAGAGCGCCAUGACCAACGGCGUGAUCCUGCCCGUGGAUGGAGGUUUUCUGGCUUGCUAAGAACAAACAUCAUCAGGCACAGGUGAAUGAGGUGGAAUGGAUGCCUUUUACCUGUUACAACUUAUAACAAGUCAUAUUCAUAUCUGUUCUUCACACAAAGCUAUCGUAUGGCUUGGAUUACAGAGCAUCUGCUUCCUUUUUUGAGUUUUCCUUGUAUGGAAAAGAGCAGUGUGAACAUUCUGCUGAAUAUCUCCUUUUGUGUUACACAAAAUAGACAUUCCACUUUGGAAGUUUGAGUGUGAGUAAAUGAUAACAGAAAUUCUAUUUUUGUGUGAACUGUUCCUUUAGACAAGCUUAAUGCAUAAUGAGCAGGACAUUAAACUGAACUGAAGCAUUUAACAGCUGUUGCUCUAAUGGCCUCAUGUGAGAGCGUGAAGGUCUCUGCUUCUAGCCACUUCCAGUUGCCUUGACAAUACAGUAGAUAUUAUGCCCUGUAGUAUCAUGUACAGCCGGUAGAGAUCGGCUUUCACACCGCUGUUAUUUUAGUAUCAUUGAUAUACUACUAUAAUUUGUAUUCAUAUUUU